AUGAACCACCAAGAAGAACCUCAAAGGAAUCCAGACCAAAAAGCACUAUCGAAAUCACCAAAAGCAUCCAGAGAAGUCCCAAGAACGCCAAAUCGCUGGAAAAACUCAAAAGAAUCCAUAAGAACCGCCGGAAGAGCUCAAAGAAUCCAACAAGCACCAAAUUGCCGAAGUACCUCAAAAAAAAUAUAUAUAUCCAGAGAAAAGUCCCAAGAAUCGCCGGAGAGCCUAAAAAAAAAUCAAAAAAGAACCAAGAUUAUUGAAGUACUCAAAAAGAAUCCAAAGUCCCAAAGAACAGUUAAAGAAUCCAAAAAGGAUCAAAUAGUCAGAAUACUUCAAAAAGAAUCCAGAAAAAGUUCAAGAGCCUCCGGAAGAGCCCAAAGAAUCGAAAAAGAACCAAGAUCACCGAAAGUACCUCAAAAGAAUCCAGAGAAAAGUCCCGAGAGCCUAAAGAAUCCAAAAAAACCUCAAAAGAAUCCAGCGAAAGCACCAAGAACCGCCGGAAGAGCCAGAAAAAAAAACGAAAACACCAAGGAUCGUCGGAAGAAAAAAGAAUCCAGAGAAAGCACCAAGAACCACCGGAAGAGCUCAAAAAAAUCCAAAAAUACCCAAGAUUCGCCGGAAGAUCUAAAAGAAUCCAGAAAAGUCCUAAAAACCGCCAAUCCAAAAGAACCACAAAGGUCAGAAAGAAUCAUUGGAAGGAUCUCAAAACCAGAAAACCUAUCCAAAAACGAAGAAGACUUUCCAGAUGAGCCGCAAAAGUAG